AAGGGGACCUCCAGUUCAGAUUGUGUUUGCAACUUUUGAGUAUUAGCUCUUACAAAAGGACGGUGUACCUCUCCACUGCCAAAUGUGCUCAGAGAACUCCUUUAAAUGAUAACCCUUUGCAUAAUUUAUGGUGAUGCAAAAACUACCAGGAGCCUCGGCUAUUUACGGGUGUUCUCGCGAGAGUUGACCAUUACAGACGGAGACGCGAGCUGACUGAAUUUUAGUUUCUAUCGCUGAGAGAGGACACCAUCGUCCUGCAGAAAACACACUCACUGUGCGUGCAGAACAUUUUCUAGGGGCAAAAUGACGGUAUGCAGCAUGUGAGUGUGAAGUUUUGAAGCUCCAGAAAAGCGCUUUGAUGUGAGCAUGGGCGGCGUUUUCCGUCUGCGUGCAUCCAGGGGAAAGAGCUCCGGGGCUCCAUGCAGACUCAGGAAAUAAGUCGACUGCAUCCAUGAAUCCGUCUUCACUUACAAUUAAUCAGCGAAUAAAGCAGACUAUUUCUGCAAAUUCUCCACCCCCUUUCUGCAAAGGUCACCGGGAUGUAUCCGGAGCUAAGUAAUCCAUGAGCCCGGGCAGCGAUCCUCUCCUCCUGGUGCUGGAGAAGGACCAGCAGGUCGUGACAGGCUCGGCUCUUGGAAGACUUAUGAAAGGGAAUAUUUGGAAAGCACAGACUGCAUAUCUCACCGCCUGGGAUCAAACACGAUGUGCGGACAAAUCGUGGAUCAAACCGACCCCUUCACUGUCACCGCGAGUUCCCUAACGCUGGCUGCACGAUGGGACGCGAAAUAACGGGUUUAGGUUGCUGACUUCUAAAUGUCCCGCAUGCCUUUAGGUGAGGCAGAGACACAGAAACACUCUUACCUCCACCUGUGUCCACCGACAUGGAUAAACUCACCGUGAUUUCAGGAUGUCUCUUCCUCGCUGCAGACAUCUUCGCCAUCGCCAGCAUCACCAGCCCGGACUGGAUCAGCACUGGAGACUCGGCUGGCUCUCUGACUGUGGGUCUGAUUCGGCAGUGCCAGACCAUCCACGGCCGAGACCGGACCUGCAUCCCCCCGGAGCUGCCCCCAGAGUGGAUAAUCACGUUCUUCUUCAUCAUCCUGGGCAUCAUCUCCCUCACCGUCACCUGUGGUCUGCUGGUGAUGUCAAGCUGGCGCCGCGAGGCUGGCCGAUACGCCCGAUGGAUCGCCUUCACAGGGAUGGUCCUGUUCUGUAUGGCUGCCCUCAUAUUCCCAAUCGGCUUCUACAUCAACGCGGUUGGAGGACAGCCGUAUAAGCUCCCCAACAACACAGUGGUGGGCUCCUCCUACGUACUCUUUGUUCUGUCCAUAUUCUUCACCAUAGUGGGACUGCUGUUUGCUGGGAAGGUAUGCUUGCCUGGCUGACAUACCCUCCUCCUCCUUUUGUAUCUUUGGAGAAACACCAACAUUGGAGGCAACUUUUGUUAGAAUUGACUCUUCUGUGGCAGUGUUGGAAGUAUCAUCAAAGUAGAACAAAACUGAGAAGCACCUGUUUGUGUUUUUCCUUUUGAAAGAAUUGUCACGACGCUCGUAACUGGAGGCGAAAUCACUGGGUUCCAUCCGUCCAUCUGUUUGUUCAGAGACUGAGCAGCCGCAGAGAGCUCUGAAAUGGCUCUCAUACUCAUCUGUGAAUGAUGAGUGUUCAGUGGCGAACAGACAGGAGAAUAUUAAAAACCAUGAUGGAAAUGGAUUGAAACAUCAGGACUUAUCCGCCAUCUUAAGAUUUAAUGACAGAUGCUCUUCUCAGUCCAUCAACCAAGAUGCACAUAUUGAGAUUAGACUGAUGUCAGGCCUGAUACUGGCCAAAGCACCAAAUAUUGGCCAGUCACCUCCAAUAUGAUGGAGGUCCUUCCCUGACCACAGCUACAUGGAACAAUCUGUAAUAUAUACAAUGAAGUUUCAUUUUCUUGGCACAUUUUAUUUAUUUAACUGUUCAGUUAUGUUUUUUGUAAAGGUAUUUUUUAUUAAAAGGCCUAAUGUAUCCAAGAGUUCACCUGCCAUUAAUGUGUGUGGUGGAUCACUUUGCCUUAAAGAGCUGUUAACCUUAAAAUAACUAUAAUAUUGUUGAGUUUCAUGGGAUCAAUUCUAAAUUUCUGGAUACAUGAAAUGAUUUAGCAUAAAAAUGUUAGAACUGGAAUGUAAAAUGGGCUACUGGCAACAUCUGUCCAAAAUCUAACUCUUUAUAUCAUUAUGGGGUUGAGUAAUAUAAAGUUGUAUCCAUGGAUGUGCUGCAGGAAGCUGAGCUGGUCUCUGUGAUGCUGUUGAAUAUAUGGAUCAGUGGUGAGCACCAGAGCAAGACUCACAUUACAGCUUUGUUAUUUUUAGUGAUGUAGUGAAUGUAUUAUUCACCUUUUUGAGCAUUUCCUGUUGUUUAAACACUGUAUCAAGAAAUGACUGAAUCUAUGACUAGUUUGUUUUAUACAUUUGGGACAUUGAUGCCUAUUUCAUUUCUGUAUAAAUGUCAUUUUCUAGAAGCACUGUGAUGUUCAUGAAUGAGCAUGGAGGAUCUCAUCUCAUUAAAAAUGACUCAUUGGAACACA